GGUUCUUCUUCAUCUUUCCUCAAGCAUUCCUUUGUCAUUUCUCUUCUCCUCUCCGCUGCCCAAAUCAAAUCCCUAAUUUAACCAUCAAACCACCACGGCUGCAGCUCUUACCAAGUACUAACAAGACGAAAUCGCUGCGGUUUCUAGUAUCUACCAAGAACCCACAAGCUACAGCCGACAGCUUCAAGGCUUCAAGCUCCAGCAGCCAUUGCUUCGGUCAGAAUAUCAAGCUACGAAAUCCUCUGUUGCCGUUUGAUUUUGGCCGUUUCAAGCUUCAAAGCUUGAAGCUCCAGAUUGGCCAGGGGAAAGUUAUCAGAGAAUGGCGUCGACAAUGAAAAAUCUGAAAAUAAAGACUUCAACGUGCAAGCGCAUAGUCAAAGAGCUCCAUUCCUAUGAGAAAGAGGUCGAGAGAGAGGCUGCCAAGGUUGCAGACAUGAAGGACAAAGGAGCUGAUCCAUAUGAUAUCAAACAGCAGGAAAAUGUGCUUGCUGAAUCUAGGAUGAUGAUUCCUGAUUGCCACAAGCGUCUAGAAGCUGCCUUGGCUGACCUGAAAAAUAUUCUGCUUGAGUUGGAAGAGUCAAACGAAAAACAUGGAGCAGAAGUUGAAGAAGCAGAAAAAGUGAUAGCAGAGGUUGAACAGUUGUUUCAAGCAGGCAACUAGUGUCUAGGCUUUUCCUGAAACUGUUUUGGGUCAGUUAAGUCUUACUUGAAUUUGUAUGAAUACAGAAUACCUAUCCACACUUGCAGCUAAUAUCUGAUCCAGCUCUAUUGGGAUAUCAAGUUUCCCUUCUUGUGUUUGGGAUAAAUGAUUAUCUGUUCAUCAUUUAGUAAAAUAUUUUUGUAUUUAAUUUUACUUUCUGUUUUUCAGCGAAGGUUUUCUUUGUAUGCUCAGAAUCUGUUAAUUGGUCUGUGAAUCAGACCUCAGCUUGCAUCUUUUGGAAUUAUUGAUUAGCUGCAAGUUGCAUGUAAUGAUUAGUCUUUGAAAGGUGACACCAUUGAUGCAACUUGAGAGUUCAGGAUAA